GAAUUUUUUUUACCAGCUGCAAACUCUCGUUGUUGCAAAUUUUGAGGACCAAAACAUGAAGAGCCGAUUCGCAUUAGCGCUGAUUGCUGCCGGGAUUGUGUUUCUCCUCUGCGUAGAAUCGAAGAAAAACGAUCCGUAUAAGGUUCUUGGGGUUGAUAGAAAUGCGAGUAAUCGUGAAAUUCAAAAAGCCUUUCACAAGUUAUCUCUGCAGUAUCAUCCUGACAAAAACAAGAAUAAGGGAGCCCAAGAAAAAUUUGCAGAGAUCAAUAAUGCAUAUGACAUUUUAUCCGACGAAGAGAAAAGAAAGAAUUAUGAUCUCUACGGGGAUGAGAAAGGUAGCCCGGGAUUUGAUGCUGGAGACCCUGGACAGCAGGGAGGGUAUUCCUAUUUCACUAGUGGUGGACCAGGACAAAGUGGGUUCAAUUUUAGACCAGGGGAAUGGCAGAAUAUGGGAGGACAAGAAGGAGGCUCAAAAUCAUUUUCAUUCUCGUUUGGAGGUCCUGGUUCAGGGGGUGGUUUUGACAUGGGUGAUAUGUUUUCUAACUUUUUUGGUGGUGGUAUGGGAGGAGGCAGUCAGUUUGGUGGCUUUAGCGGCUCAGGCAGGUCAAAGCAGGGGAAUAGACAAUCCUCGAAGAACAUACCAUCUGUGAACUCCCAGUUCUACAGGAAAGAAAUAGUUGAUAAGGGGAUGACAUGGCUCUUAUUAGUUUACUCAUCCAAUAUGCAGGAGAUCCAAAUAUAUGAAUCUGUUAUAGAGCAAGUUGUCACCCCACUUCAGGGAGCAAUGAAGGUUGGAAGUAUAAAUUGUGGAUCUGAGACAUCCUUGUGCAAGGAGCUUGGUUUAUACAACAGCAGAGAACCUAAAAUUAUUGUCUACUCGUAUGCAUCUGGUGAAAAGGCUUCUUUGGUGGAGUAUAGUGGUGACUUGGACGUAAGAUCCCUCAAAAGUUUUUGUCAAGACUAUUUGCCCAGAUUCUCAAAGCAGAUCAACUUGGAUAGAUUUGACGCCGCAUCUGAAGGCGGGAGAUUACCCAAAGUGUUACUUCUGUCUUCUAAGAAGAGCACUCCCAUUAUUUGGCGAACAUUAAGUGGCAUAUAUCACAAACGUUUCUUGUUCUACGAUGCUGAGGUUCGUGAUGCCUCAGACCGGUCUGUGAGAGAAUUGGGCAUCGAUUCACUUCCUGCCAUUGUUGGUUGGCUCUCGAAUGGGGAGAAAGUAAUUCUCAAGUCCGGUAUAUCUGUAAAGGACCUGAAAUCUGCCGUUCAAGAGCUUAGUGGCUUGCUUGAAAAUUUCGAGAAAAAGAAUAACAAGGCUUCUGUCCAAAAAGAUGCUACUGAAUCAGGCGUACCAUUGCUUACCACUUCAAAUUUUGAUAACAUCUGUGGUGAUAAAGUUCCAGUCUGCUUGAUUGGUGUUUUCAAGUCAUCGACAACGCGGAACAAGUUGCAAAAAAUCUUGCAAUCUGUUUCCCAAAAAUCUUUUUCUAGACGACAAAGACCAACAUCUGGCCCGAGGGACUCAGUCUCAUACGCUCUCUUGAAUGCUUCAAAGCAGCAAUCUUUCUUAAACGCCCUCGACAAAUCAGGGUUCAAGUCAUCGGAUAAGCUCCUGUUGGCCUACAAACCAAAGCGAGGCACCUAUGCCGCAUCUCACGGGGAAAUAACCGAAGAAGCAGUAGAGAGCUUCGUAAGCUCUGUACUGAACGGAGACAUACAGUUCUCCAAGGCAAGACAGAAGCCUACACUAAAAUAAUAUCUGAAAUUAUGGAAAAUUGGUUGAGUAUCAAAACCAUGUAUAUUAUACCUUAGCUCUCAUUGAUAGAGUAGUGAAGUAUGGCUAAAAAAGUUAAAAAAGUUCGGUAUGCAGAAGUUUUAGUAGAAAAUUUGCUGAGUGAUGCA